AAGCGUUGCCAACGUAUUGAUUGGAACAAAUCUUUCGCAUACAGCUUUUCUACGACGCUAAAUUCUUUUACGCAAAGAAAGUAUUUUAUGGGUACUAAAGAAAUAUACUACAAAUAAAAAAACGAAUUUAUAUUAUUAAAAUAAACCCAACAAUAUCAUGGAAGAAAGAUUGAUAGAGGCCAUACGUAAAAGGCCCUUUAUAUUUGACAAACAAUCGUUGAUGUAUCGCAAUAAAUUGGCAAGAGAAAAAGCCUGGAAAUCAGUUUCUCAAGUGGUAGGAGUAAGUGUAAAACAAUGUAUGGCACGUUGGCGUUCUCUGCGCGAUCGUUAUGUGCGUGAAAUAGCAAAAGCCAAAGAUCCGGAUUCAGUGGGCAGACCAACUUGGCGUUAUAUGAAACAGUUGUCAUUUAUUGAACAGCAUGUUAAACCAAAAAGACGACUUUCUUAUUUGGAUCAUACCGCUGAGGCGGAUGCUCAAGAUCCGGGUGAAUUUAUUUUUUCCGAAAUAGUUAAAGACUCAAAACCGGGUGAAUUUCAAAUAGAGAUUAAACGACCCGAUCCGGUUGUAAAUUAUGAAAAUGAAUGCGAUGAGGAGGACAUACUACCCAUGUUGCAGCAGGUGGGCCGCGUUGAGACACCACCUCCUAGACCGGAUACCCCACCAAAGAAACGUCAAAAAAUGCAAGAAAAUGCUCAAGAACGUUUUGAGAAACUGUGUUCGGCGGUUACCGAUUUAAUCGAAAGUAAAAAACAAUCAUAUAAAAAGAGUCGUAAUGAAGAUUUUUUAAAAGUAUUGGAUGGUUAUUUACUAAAACUUCCCGAGGAAGAGCAGGAUGAUUUAAAAAUACGUAUUUUGAAUAUGGUACAUGUAAAUCCUUUGGAAUAAGUUAGAAAACAUAGGCUUGUUCAUAUGUAAAGAAAUUAGUCUGAAAUAUAAAAAUCGUAAUUUUAACUAAAAAGUUUUGGAAAAAAAAGGAAAUUAUUUAAGGAUCCUCUUUAAUUUAAGAUUGUAUUGUUGUUGCUGGGGUUCACAGCCCUUGGCCGAUUGUUGCAGUCGGCUAUGUCACUAUCUAUACGCUUCAUCAUAGUGUAUUUUAAUAAAAAAUAUAUUUUUUAAAAAUUA